GCGGGGAAACCUGGAGGGUGUGCAGGCGGGCCCCGGCAGCCGGGGCCAGGCCUGCGGGUCGCUUGGAUCUGGCAACAUGAAUCCUGUCAUCGUGGUCCAUGGAGGCGGAUCCAGCAAUAUCUCGAAGGAUCGAAAAGAGUGUGUGCGCCAGGGGAUCAUGAGAGCUGCCACCGUGGGUUACAAUAUCCUCAAGGAAGGAGGGAGCGCAGUUGAUGCUGUAGAAGGAGCUGUGAUCAUACUCGAAAAUGAUCCCGAGUUCAACGCAGGUUGUGGGUCUGUCUUGAACGUAAAUGGUGACGUUGAAAUGGAUGCUAGUAUCAUGGAUGGGAAAGAUCUGUCCACAGGAGCAGUAUCUGCAGUCCGCUGUAUAGCAAAUCCCAUUAAACUUGCACGGCUUGUUAUGGAAAAGACACCUCAUUGCUUUCUGACUGACCAAGGCGCAGCAAAAUUUGCGGCAUCUAUGGGGAUUCCACAGAUUCCUGGAGAACAGCUGGUGACGGAGAGAAGCAUAAAGCGCCUGGAAAAGGAGAAGCGUGAGAAAGGGGCUCAGAAACCAGGCUGUAAUAAAAAUUUGGGAACCGUGGGUGCUGUUGCCUUGGACUGCAAAGGAAACGUAGCUUACGCAACCUCUACAGGGGGUAUCAUUAAUAAAAUGGUUGGCCGAGUUGGGGACUCACCAUGUGUAGGAUCCGGGGGUUAUGCUGACAACAACAUUGGAGCCAUCUCCACCACGGGGCACGGGGAGAGCAUCCUGAAGGUGAAUCUGGCCAGGCUCACUCUCUUCCACAUAGAACAAGGAAAAACGUUAGAAGAGGCUGCCAACCUGUCACUGGGUUACAUGAAGUCAAGGCUUAAAGGUUUAGGUGGUGUCAUCUUGGUCGACAAAACAGGAGGCUGGGUUGUAAAAUGGACCUCCACAUCCAUGCCCUGGGCAGCUGCGAAGGACGGCAAGCUGCACUCUGGAAUCGAUGUGGGCGAAACCACUACAGUUGACCUGGCCUAAACCCAUGGAAGAUUGUAUUCUAGAUGCUAGCUUGGAGUGUCCCCCCUCUAGCCAGCACACCUGAUCAGAGCCACAGACCCUCUGGGUCCUCACAGAGCGAGUAACCCAGCUCGAGACCUCUCCAGCCUCCAGAUCCUCCAGCCACUGAGAGGGGCAGGAGGGGCCGAUGGAUGUAGAGAUGACACAGUGACUUAACAUGCAGUCAUACUGUCCAGUGCUCUGGCGUGUCCCCUCUCACUGAAUUGAGUGUGUGUCCAGUGUGGUCAGCACGGUGAAGAACGUGAUUUCUUUGGUGGAGAGUGUUCCUAUUCCUCUCUCUUCACACUGUAUUCCUGCUGUGACAUAUCUGCUUGGUGUUUUAGUCUGGCAGGGCUUACUUCUGUCUGGAAAGAAAGUGCUUAACUUUAAAUUCCAUGUUCCACUAAUAAAGUGUAUUUUGAAAGAAUAACAGUGUGGUUAGGAGUUACUGUUGACAAAGACCAGAAUGUACUUCUUGGCUUUCCCUUGGCUUCUCAACUCAGAUGGGGGCACUUGGUAAAGAGACCUUUUGAGAUAAGGGUGGUGUGUGGAUGUGGGUACGAUAACACAUCCUGUCUCAUGGAGUAUAUGAAAGUUUUUUUAGAAGAAUUGAGCUUUUUCU